UUACAAAUGACUAAGGUAUUGCAUUUAAAAAGCGGAACCAGGUGUUGCGAAAUGCCAAUAUAAUAAAUAUGAUCAACUAAUUUUGACAUAAUAUUUAUAACGCCUUAGAAUUAAACAAAUCGACGAUUGACUAACUAUUCCAUCUUCAGUAAUUCACUCGUAAACGGCUUGAGAACAUCUUGAGGUCUUGAGUGUGCUUCCCGCUUGGGGAUCAAGCCAAGGGCCUUCCUUGAAAGGUGGACACCUUAUGGAUAGCACCAUUACAACCUCUUAUUCCAGAUAACUUUCAAAAUGAAGUUUAAGACAGUUUUAGAAGGAGAACAAGCUGUGAUAUACAACUAUCUUGGUGAAGGGAAGCUUGUUAUUGGACCACAAAGGGUGUUCUUAUUUCGUGAGACUCUUAAGAAGCUGGUGCGGUACACAGCAUCCCAGUAUGAAUAUCUGAGUAUUCGAGACAUUGACGGCAUUGUGACACACAAACCUGGGCCAUGUGACAUAUUCCUCAACCCUAUAAAGCAUGAGUCCAUAACAGUUAUGAAUGCAAUAAAACUGGAUGCAAACCACAUGAUAGUGGUGUACAAACGUCUGAAGGAUUCCAGCGUACAGCGACGUAUCAUCCAGGGACCAUGUGUGUUUGUUCCCGAAGCAGAGGAAUGGCUCCAUGACUUCAAGUGGCAUGGCUCUGAUCCUGACAACAAGGCAAGAAUGAUCCCUGGCCAGGACAAGUUUCAACAGCUCGCUGCUAUACCGGAGCAGUUCUACUACAAUGUUAAGGAAGUACGCACCAACGAUGACACAAUGAUUACAGUGAAGUUAAUGCUCUUCUAUCAGCUGAAAGACAUUCAUAAAAUGCUUGACACCACCCACGACCCUAUCGCUGAUCUUAUCAACGCCAUGUGUGCCGACGUCAUAUCUUUUGUUGGAAAAUUGAGUUUCGUUCAGUUCCUGAGCGAAUCAGAGAAGCUGAGUCAUCUGACUUCCUAUCCCCAGCUUGACCAAUGGGCCUCUAGAAUCGGCUUCCAGCUGCAAAAGAUUGUCUUCAGGGGAUACCACUCUAGUGAUCAGCUUCAGGCAAUGCAGAAUAGCGCUAUCGAGUCCCGCACUCAGCUGCGACUCAACACGGAGAUAGAGGGACAGAAACAGCUGCUGGCGGACUUGAGGUUCUCCAAGGAACAGGAGCGAGCAAAACUCAGGCAGGAGAUGGAGCUGAACAAGCAGGCGCAUGUGCAGCGUGUGGAGGACAUGAAGCAGACGCACCAACUCCGACUGCAGACGUUGCAGCACGAGCAGAGCCUUGCUGUGAGGGAAUUCAUGACCGUAACCAGGCUAGAGGUGAAGAUUGCAGAGGACAAGCACGCUAUUGAGCACUUGACUGGCCUCAAGGACCUGAAUGUUGACCUGACCAGCUACCUCGCCAGCCUGCAGCCUGCGCGGGUCAGUCAGGAGCUGCAGGUGGUCAAACCCUCGCCACACCUGGUACAAACCAGCUGCUAGAGUCACACCUGCACAGGUCAGCGAAGAAAUACAGGCGUUCCAACCCAUAACUUGUCCAGACAAAAGACCUUUAUAUGUUAGCGUCAUUCUGGGUGAACUAGGCUUCAUGCAUGUUUGUAAAUUUUCAUCCAAGAUAAGCCUGUGAAGUUUGCACUGGCAAAUCUUGGAAGAAACUUUUUGUCUAGUUUGGAUUUUUGUUAAGAAGAGACUUCAAGCAGGAAAUGUCAUCCCUGAUUCAUUGGCCUUUGCGAAUGCACAUUUAAAAAGCCCUGUUUUACUCAUAACUCCCCUCAUUUUCUUGUCAGUAGCAUAUAGUUAAAUGUAUCCUUUAUUAUUUGGGUCAAAAUAAAAUGGAAUAGGCGCAGCUUUAAAUAAGUUAACCUACGGGAACAAUUCUAGUUAUAGUGCCUCAGCUUUAAAAUAUUACGUACACUAAUGCACCCGUAGGUAAUGUUAUCAUAAUAGGUAAUGUAUGUAAUAAUACAGGUUUACAUUUAGACAUUCAUAUAUACGAUUUUUGUUGUACACUUUUUAACACAUUUUUUCCAAAUCACUGAUGUUUCCUGUCCUUAUUUAUUCCAUACUAGUGUUUGCUUAGGAUCAAAUAUAUUAGCUAAAGUUGUGUCUUACAAUUAUAAAAUAUAGAUAUCUUCAGCUAGUUACGUGUAGCAUUAUCAUGUAUUUGUAUUUUUAAUGUACGUGUAUCUGCAUAACCCAAACUUAUAUUACAAUGUCUUUCAACACUUAAAUUUCCAAUAUAAUUAUUGAUUAUACCUUGCCGAUAUGCGUAGAGGAUUUGAAAUGGUAGGCAUCGUUACAUAUAUGUACAUGCAUGCUUUCUUGCUUCCUUCUGUCACAUUUUUCUCUUGGUAACUUCUACAUUUUGUGUGUGAUUUCAUCAACAUAUUACAGAAUAAUUAUCUCAAAGUGAUACAAUACUUAUGAUCAAGGAUUUGCGUUUACGGUAUUCAUUAAGAGUUAUUACCCUUUGUUUACAAUAACAUAUUUAAUAUUCCCAUUUUGCAACUCCCACAUUGUGUGUGCCACUCCCACAUAUUUUUUGCCAUUUUUAGCUCAUCUAUUUUUUGAAAAAAAAUUAUGAGCUAUUGUCAUCACCUUGGCGUCGGCGUUGGCGUCCGGUUAAGUUUUGCGUUUAGGUCUACUUUUCUCAGAAAGUAUCAAUGCUAUUGCAUUCAAACUUGGUACACUUUAUUUACUAUCAUGAGGGGACUGGGCAGGCAAAGUUAGAUAACUCUGGCGUGCAUUUUGACAGAAUUAUUUGCCCUUUUUAUACUUAGAAAAUUGAAAAUAUUGGUUAAGUUUUGUGUUUAGGUCCAUUUUAUUCCUUAAGUAUCAAAGCUAUUGCUUUCAUACUUGCAACACUUACUAAGUAUCAUAAGGGGACUGUGCAGGCAAAGUUAUGUAACUCUGACUGGCAUUUUGACAGAAUUAUGUGCCCUUUUUGUACUUAGAAAAUUGGAAAUUUGGUUAAGUUUUGUGUUAAGGUCCACUUUAUUCCUACAGUAUCAAAGCUUUUGCUUUCAUACUUGCAACACUUAUUAACUAUCAUAAGGGGACUGUGCAGGCAAAGUUAUGUAACUCUGACUGGCAUAUGGAUGGAAUUAUGAGCCCUUUAUACUUAGAAAAUUGAAAAUUUGGUUAAGUUUUGUGUUAUGGUCCACUUUACCCCUAAAGUAUCGUAGAUAUUGCUUUCAUACUUGGAACACUCGCAAACUAUCAUAAGGGUACAGUAAAAGGACAAGUUGCAUAACUCUGGUUGUCAUUUGUAUGGAAUUAUGGCCCUUUUUUGACUUAGUAACUUUGAAUAUAUGGUUAAAUUUUGUGUUUCGAUCCACUUUACUUCUAAAGUAUCAAGGCUAUUGCUUUCAAACUUCAAAUACUUUCAUGCUAUCAUGAGGUUGCUGUACCUGGCAAGUUGAAUUUUACCUUGACCUUUGAAUGACCUUGACUCUCAAGGUAAAAUUAUUAAAUUUUGCUAAAAUUGCCAUAACUUCUUUAUUUAUGAUUAGAUUUGAUUGAUACUUUGACAAAACUACUCUUACCUGACAAACCACAAUAGACUCCACCCAAACCAAUCCCCUUGCCA